GCCCAGAAGCCUUGAGGGGCACAAUGCUUCGCAAACAUUUAGCAACAUACACUUCUAUGCUAAAUGUUGAAGAUAUUCAGAUAGACCGACUCGCGAAUUUUAUGGGCCAUCAUAAAGAAAUACAUAAAAAUAUUUACCGUGUCCCCGCUACAAUUGCGGAAAUUACAGAAGUGUCCCAAAUGUUAAUGGCAGCCAUUGGGAAUAGCCCCGAACGGAAUAAUAAGAACCCAAAGCCCGCAGGUGAACUUUAUGAGAAAGAUAAUUGUGCACAAGACAUCGAAAAUGAAGCUGAACCUUUUGAGGAUUCUGGAUCCGAAUACAUCGACGAAAAUGAGUCUGAAAAGUCAAAAGAGGAAAUAGUUGAGCCGCAGCCAAAUCGAAAACGCCGCAGUAGUAAGAACAAAAACUAUAACAUUAUACAAAUAUAA